CUGACAGCGACAUUAUCCAUCAAGAAACCGCGUCAUUGCUGUCAGAUAUGCCGACGUCACACACACUGUUCUUCAAGAUUGCGUCAUGUUCACAAGCCAAAAGUAUACUGGAAUGGGCAGUUGCAAAAAGGAGGGGAAACCAGAUUCAUUGGUAUCUGGCAAACCAGCAGAGCCAAGUGGAUGCUAAUAACCACCUAUCGCACAAGAGCUACGUAGACCUGCACGCGCCUGCCCGCUGCCAAACAGGCUGGAUGAUGGGCCGUGGUCACGCCUCAGCCCAACUACUGACGCUUAUAACUCGCAGCACCCGCAGCCACAGUAACUUGAAAGCUUCAUAUCCAACCCUCCUAAUACAACAACAACAACAACAACAACAACACUUUCAUCACAAAACUAUAUCCAACAUGCCUUCUUACAUCGUUACCUGCAAGGAAGACGCCAGCGACGAGCAGGUCCAGUCUGCUAAGCAGCACGCUAUUGACCAGGGCGGCAAGAUCGGACAUGAGUACAGCCUCAUUAAGGGCUUUUCCGUCGAGUUCCCCGCAGAUUCCGUUCAGACCCUCGAGAGUCACGAGCAUAUCAAGGCUGUUGAGGAAGACGGCGUCAUGACGACCCAGUAG